GCUGCACCGGGCGCGGCCCCGCGGGGCGGCCAUGGCGGGCCCGGGGCUGAGCGAGCGGGAGCGGGCGGGCUGCCGGGCCCUGCUGGAGCUCCUGCACACCGAGGAGCUGCUGGCGCUCACCGACACCGUCACCAACCGCCUGGUGCACCCGGAGAGCCGCCAAGAGGCCAUUCAUGCCAUUCUGGUGUACAGCCAAAACGUGGAGGAACUUCUAAGACGCAGAAAAGUCUAUAGAGAAAUCAUUUUUAAGUAUUUGGCAGCCCAGGGAAUUGCAGUGCCUCCUUCCUCUGAGAAACACCUGCUCAUUGAGCGUGUGAGGCAGUUCUGGAGUGGGCAGCUCACAGCACAAGUCUCGGAGCCAGGCUACAGAAAACCCCCUGCAGAGAGUCAUGGAGGCGGACAGAAGUCACCACAAGAUGACAUUGGUGGUCUAGGAGGAGAGUUCUGCCAAUGGUACUUUGAACUCCUGAAUGCUCAGCAUCCUUUGGGAGUAAAAUCCGAAGAAACAUGGGGACCACAGCAUUUUUGGGAGGAUGCCAAACUGAAGUUCUGUUACAACACRCUGGAAAGAAACAUGGAACAGUACGUGGGUGCAGACAUGGUSAGCCUGCGCCUGCUGUCCUUGGUUAAAGAAGAAUGUCUGCUCUUCAACCCCAAUUUGCAUUCCAGUGGUCUGAAAUGUGCCAUAUCCCCUCAUGGAUUGGUGCUGGUGGCAGUUGCUGGCACAGUACACAGAGACAACACUUGUUUGGGUGUCUUUGAGCAGAUUUUUGGGCUCAUCAGCUGCCCCAUGAGGAAUAAUACAUGGAAAAUAAAACUGGUGAACCUUAAAAUAGUGGGACAGAAUGCYCUGGAGCCUGGGAUGCGACUUGAAGCACCUUCCAUAAAAUAUGAGUCAAACCAGCUGCGAGAGUUCUAUGAUGGGAACGAACUGACUGUGUUUGAACAUCAGAAAUUCUGAGCAUUUUAUCACAGUUGUGUGAGGGGCUGGAUUGUUGYUGCCUUGCAAUCUGUCUUUGAAUAAGAUUUGCUGGGUGGCAAACUGAGAUACAGGGAAUUAACACAGGUGAUGCUUGUGAGCACCUUUCCAAGAGGUUACAAAUAUUUCAAGGCUGUUACUUCAGGUUUUGCACUGUCAUUAGAGUGGAGUUUGGUUACAAAACAUUUAAAUAUGGAUUGGCAGCAGUGUGUAAUGAGGGGUUCACAAACUGCAGAUUGCUUCGCUUCAGGACAGCAGUUGAAACUCUUGCCUGAGAUGUAGCAGGAAGUCAUUGCAUCUGGUUCUAGGAAUUUGGGAGGGGAAAGUGUCCAAAUGGACAUCUGAGUCCAAAGAAAACCAGUCCAAAACCAAAGUACUGUGAAUGGAGGCAGCUGCUGUGGGUGUUCUAAAUGUGGUUUAAUGGGACAGUGCAGGGAAUUUGGCAUUGUUGAAGUCUUUUUUACCUUCUUUGCAUAYAUAGUUUCCUCUUCUUUUACCUUGUGGUUCCAACUUUGUCAUGAAAACACAGGACAAAAUUAUUCUCUCUGUGUGCCCAAGCAGUCAAGUUUGAGAUGGUUGCCCAUUUCUGGCACUGUCUUGCAUCAAAUACUGAAUUUCAAAACUUGCAGCAACACUGAACCAAAUGCUCUAAUAGUUAUUUUGUAUAUAAUUACAACAGAGUUCUUAAUA